UCUGGAACUAGCCCCCCGCCUCUGACGCGGAGGGCCGGGGAGGAGCCGGGCGGCGGCGAGACUGACACGUAAGAAUCCUGCGUAAAUUUUAAGGAAGAAGCUACAUCUUUUCUUCAAGUUGAAUGUCGAUACAUCGACAGCUUCGGGUCAGGCUUGAUGUAUAGUUGACCUGCCCCGGACUAGAGGCCUGUUUGUGGACGCCUUUUCUCUUUUGAAGCGACGCGGGACUGCGAAGAGAGCCGACGAACAAGAUGAGAUUUUCAGCGUUUAUUUCUGUCCUAAGGUCGGUCGGCCCGGUGGUAAUCGGUAUUUCUUUAGGGUUCACGUUGAGUUUGUUGAGUGUAAACUGGACGGAAGAAGCGUGUUACCUGGACGGUAAAGAGGGCGAGGAGGUGACUUUAGGGCAGGAUGGACAGCUCAAAGGAGCCCGAAAACCAAACUCCAUUUCCAGCAUCAACGAUGUGGAGUCCGAGGAGGAUUUUGAACCGAGAAUAGUCCCUUAUAAACAAGUCCAGCAGAGUGCCCCGAAGAAAGUUUUCAGGGCUAAAUACAUAAGCACAGAGUUGGGGAUGCGAGAGCGUUUGUUUGUCGGUGUCCUGACGUCCAAAAACACCAUAAACACGCUGGGUGUAGCUGUCAAUCGCACCAUUAGCCAUCACCUGGACACCGUGAUCUUCUUCACCGGCAUGCGCAACCGCAAAGUCCCCCACGGCAUGUUUGUCGUCUCUCAUGGAGAUGAGCGACUGAUAUGGAACAUGUUCCAGAACAUCAAGUACAUUUUAGACCAUUACAUCAACGAAUAUGACUGGUUUUACUUCGUCCAAGAUGACACCUACACCGAAGCUGACAGGAUCAAAGCCCUGGUGGAUCACCUGAGCAUGGAUCGAGAACUUUACAUGGGCAGUCCUGAAGAGUUCAUAGGUGGAGAGAUGGAAGGGAAGUACUGCUACGGAGGGUUCGGGUACCUCUUGUCACGUACCUUGCUUCUCCGACUCCAGCCCUUCCUGGAAAACUGCAGGAACGACAUCCUGAGCGCGAGGCCCGACGAGUGGCUCGGAAGAUGCAUCAUUGAUUACACGAGCACGAACUGUGUCAGCGAAUAUGAGGGGCAUCAGUACCACCAUUAUGAGCUGGGAAAAAACUCUGAUCCCAGUAAGGAACAAAACGAACAGUUCAAGAAAGCCCUGACUGUCCAUCCAGUGUCAGACCCUGAACAGAUGUACCGCCUGCACCGAUACUUCACUGAGAUUGAACUCCAGAAGACUUACGAUGAGAUUGCUAAGCUGCAGGCAGAAAUAAAGAAUGUGAGCGUGGUUGCUUUUGAGGGCAACCGAACUGCCCAAUGGCCAGUGGGGAUCAAUCCACCCUUUGAGCCGAAAUCACGGUUUGAAGUUCUGAAGUGGGAAUACUUUACAGAGGAAGAGAUUUAUUCAUGCAUUGAUGGCUCUCCCAAGUGUGAACUGAGCGGCAUUGAUCGCAUGGAUGUGGCUGACGUAAUUGACGUAGCCAUGGGAGAGCUAAAUAAGAAGUACAAGCCCGUCCUACACCUAAAGAAGCAGCAGCUUAUUAAUGGCUACAGGCGCUUUGACCCCAUUAGGGGCAUGGAGUACACAUUGGAUCUUCAGCUAGAGGUUGUUAACCAAAAAGGUCAUAGCCGUUCCAUCACCAAGCGGGUUCAUCUGGUGCGACCUUUGAGUCGGAUUGAGAUAAUUCCUAUGCCCUAUGUCACUGAAGCCACAAGGGUUCACAUCAUUAUACCUCUUACUCGGCAGGACCGGAGCUAUGUCGACCAUUUCCUGGAAGUCUUUGCCUCAAAUGCUUUUGAGACAAGUGAAAAUGCUAUCCUAACAUUCUUGUUUAUUUAUGACCCAGUAGAGGCACAGCAGGUUAACCAGAAUGAUAUAUUUGCUAGUGUGAAGACCCAGAUAAACACAUAUGAACGCAAAUACCCUACAGUAAAAAUCCCAUGGAUAAGCGUCAAGACGGAAACACCAUCUCAGAUCAAAUUUAUGGACAUUAUCUCGAAGAAGCACCCUGUUGACACGCUGUUCUUCUUGGCUCAUGCCAACACAAAUAUCAAUUCAGAGUUUCUGAACCGUUGCCGUAUGAACUCCAUAAACAACUGGCAGGUGUUUUUCCCCAUCCAUUUCCAGGACUACAAGCCUGAUGUGGCCUAUCACAACCAACAGCGUCCAGUCACAACUGAUCUGGUCAAAGAUGCAGGCCAUUUUGACCGCAGGUCGUUUGAUGAAGCCUGUUUUUACAACUCUGACUACAUGGCGACACGCACACGAAUGGUGGCAGAUGUCCAAGAGAAUGAGGAGAUACUAGAGACCCUGGACAUCUUUGACAUGUUUGUCAAGUAUUCGGGUCUGCAUGUAUUCAGGGCUGUGGAGCCAGCAUUGCAUCAGCAGUACAGCUACCAAGCCUGCAACCCGCGGCUUAGUGAAGACAUCUAUCAUAGAUGUGUUCAGAGCAACUUGGAAGGUCUUGGCUCUCGUUCCCAGCUUGCCAUGCUGUUAUUUGAGCAAGAACAAGGAAACAGCACUUGAAAAUGCAGGUGAACUUCUGCUCCUGCAUGUGUUUUUAAAUGGACAUUGGGACGUUGGAAGCUAAUAGCUUUUUUAUGCAAGCUAAAAUUUGGGGUGAACAGGAGCAACACAUGCAGUACCACCCAUAAUUUAAGCCUCACCAGCCCAUUAUUGGGGCUGUGCUUACAUAUGUGACCCUGCCUGACAUUCUCCAUCUUUCAGUGUGCAUCAAGGGUUAUUUGGUUUGUUCGAGUUUUUAGCUAGUUUGGAAAAAAAUGAAUGCAGUACAUUCCUGAUAAAACUUUUCUUAAAUGUUUACUUGUACAGAUGAGAUGAUGGAACCAAAUGUUUCUGCUACUCUGACAAUUCUGAAAGCUGCGUUAAGCAGUUUCCGACCACUAGAUGGCAGAAACUCAGAGUCGCAGAGUGUUGAUGUAGAGCUGCCUCGUGGCUACAUAGGUACCCAUUGGCGUUGUUUUUCCUUUCAUGUGUCCAGUGUAAUUCCAGUAUUCAUAGGAUUUUAUCCUUUUUGAUUCAUUAACUCCAGGAAGAAAAGUCGUCCUUCCGACUAUUAUCUGUUGGGGAGGUAGCAUACCUAUGUGUGCUGGGUACGACCCCUUAUUUUUUUCAGUGUAUGGCUCUAAUAAAUAUACAUUAAUAUAUUGAACCACAGGUUGUGUGCCCCUUCACACAAGGGCAUUGAGCUUUUGAUAUUUACUGAUUUGAGUAUUUACAGAAGCGCAUCUCAUUACGUGCCUUGACACUGACUUUUGAUGUGAUAACUGUUUUGAAAUUAUCUUUAUGUUACACAGUUUUGCCGGUCACCCCUUCAGGUGAUGCACAGCUGAUGUUCAUUAUCAAUUUUUGGUACAUUACAACAUGAGUUUUGAAUUGGUGGGAGAUAUUAUCCUUCACUGUGGAUAAAAUAGCCUGUUACAUAGCUUGGAGAAUUUAAUCAGUUACAGUUUUUUAAAGGUAAGCUUACGCUCCCAGCCAUCCACAGGUUUGAUAUGUGCCUCAAAGGAGAGAAGGAGUUACUAGAAAAGUAUCAUCCGUUGGUCUUCAGAGUCUUUUCCAUUUGUAUUUACCUGCAGGAGGCGAAGGAGAAAUAUGAAUUAUGGGGGGAAAUCACCUUGGUAAAUGUCUGAUGUGAUUGCACAGGUGUGUCAUUUGUCCUAAUUGAAGUAAGCAGUACUUCAAAGCAGACUUUAGUUAGUUUAGAAAUGAUUUGAAAUUAAGAAUGUAUGAAAUAUCUUUCCACAUUACCAAGCAUAUAGCAGACAGUUUUUAAACUCUAAUAGAUGUUUAACUUUUCCAAAGUAAUUUGGACUGUAUUGUUAAAGAGAUUGUUAUUUAACGGUGUCAUUAUCCUCCAUUUUAUGAACUCGGUUUUUAGAAAUGGUUGUGUUGUCCCAGUCGCAGUGCAGUCUGAUGGGAGGCCUUUUCAACAUGACUGAGUGGUGGUGGAGGUAGCGGUACAGGACACCAGAACGUUAUUAGUAUAUUAUAAUGUGCAAUAUUACAAAUAACACAACUAUUUGAUGUCCUACGGAGGACAGGACUUUUAAUUUCAUAGUGUUUGCUGCAAGUACAGCAGUGUGUAAAUCACAAUAUUGUUCAUGACACUACACAGUGAGACUUUCUGUUCAAUGUUAGGUAAAUACACUGUAAUUUGUUUUGACAAGACCUUUAAUGUAUUUUACUGACACUAGACACUUUUCAUCAUCAGAGUUAGUUUGAAAUACAUAAAAUUAAGGAAAGUCCUUUUUUAUUUAACUUUAAUUGGAUUCAAAGUAUGUGUUGGAAGCGGUACAUCCACAGUGGUGGUCCUCAACAGUGUUUUGCUGUAUUUUCUUCCAUGUAAACAGUCUAUGGAGUUCAGUUCUAGCUUUUUGCAUUCAUUUUUAUAACGCAUCUCUGUCUUCACGAGAGCAGAUCUACAACGGUGACGGCGCUCCAGCUGACACAACAUGAAUGUUCUCCUUGAUUCCUUUUGAAGAGUUUGACACUAAUAAUGUGCAGAAUUGGAAACUUAAUAUUCCAUAAAAACCACUGUGAAAGAUGGAGGGCUGAGAUUAUACAAUAUGAAGUUAUUGUGGUGGUGAUCUGCGUCAUCUUUGUCUUCGGUAGACGUAAAAAUCUUAGAAUUAAGUGAGCGUGGCAGAUUAAUCACCCUGUGUUGUUAACACAGCCACCAUCGCUGAGCGAAGUGUUUUGUCCAUAACUUAUUGAUUUGUCAUUUCUCUAUGAAUUAUGCAGAUUUGAAUUCUUUCUGCACUAACAGAGGCUUUCAUGACUCUGUACAUGUAUAAAUAUUUUAUUUUCUAUAUUUUUAAGCCUUUUUUUUCCUCGCUUCAUUUACACAGCAGUUUAUUUUAUAAUUGUUGAUGAAAAAAUACAACACACGCUUUGAAAAUCACAAUUUAAAAUGUGUGUAUUUCAGCUUCAGUUAAGUAAUUAGCAGGAAAAUACAUCUGCUAAUCUUUUAAAGUUUCCUUCGAUGUUUUGACCUGGAUUGGUUUACAUUAUUUUAUGUAUGUGGGUACUAGUAUAACCAAAGCAAUAUAUUUUAAUAAAUGCUGAUCACAUUUUAAUGUGUGCUGUAAUUCCCAAUGAACUGUGAAUUAUUGUAAUUUUUAAAUAAAAUAUUUGAAUAUAAA